UCCUCGAUAACUUCUGAUCUUUUCGUGCCGCCAAAUGCGGUUUGCGGAAACAAACCGGAAGUUAUUGUUAGCUAACAGCAAGUAGCAUUUUUAGAUUAUUUUAACGCUAGAGGUAGUUGGCAAUUGGUUGUUGAUCAUUUUAUCUGUGGUUUAACGAUCCUAUGCUGUUUGACACUGUGAACUUUCAUUUCUGCCACCGUCCCAACCGCUCUACUUGUGGUUUGCAUUGCUGUUCCUGGUUUGGAAACCUUCCAUUCGUGUCUUCUAUCCAAGUAUAAAGAUGAGUGAAGAGCAGACAGUUUCUCUUGUUGAUGUUCUGGAAGAGGAUGAAGAAUUGGAGGAAGAAGCAUCUGCAGUUUUAGCAGGAAGUGACUCUGAUCACUGUUCAUACCCUGAAGGCUAUGUAAAGCGGCAGGCUCUCUAUGCCUGUAACACUUGUACACCAACGGGUGGAGAACCUGCUGGAGUGUGUUUGGCUUGUACCUAUAUAUGUCAUGAAGGUCAUGACUUGUUUGAGCUGUACACAAAGAGAAAUUUCCGCUGUGACUGUGGAAACAGAAAAUUCAAAGGGUUGCAGUGUAAACUUCAUCCUGAUAAAGAUGAGGUAAACAAUUUGAACAAAUACAGCCAGAACUUUUUUGGACUUUAUUGCACCUGCAACCGGCCUUACCCAGACCCUGAUGACCAGGUGGAGGAUGAGAUGAUCCAGUGUGUGAUUUGUGAGGACUGGCUGCAUGGCAGGCACCUGGGCUGUGUGGUUCCAGACUCUGUGGAGCUGCAGGAGAUGAUCUGUGAAUUGUGUAUGAACAAAAACCCGUUUCUCUGGACCUAUGCAGUUCACCUGUCAGUUCCAGAUGAAGCUGAACAAAUAAAGGAGGAAUCAGGAGCAGAUGCCACUAAACAGGCUAGUGAUGUGAUUGAGCCUCCUAGCGCCAAGCGCAUCCGUGGGGAGACAGAGUUCAAAUGCAGACUGGAGGAGCUGCUGUCAACUGGUCAGAAAAGGGUUCAAUCAGGAGCUGUUUUCUGGCCAUCAGCAUGGCGUUCCAAACUCUGCAGUUGCCAAACUUGCCAGGCCCGCUUGUCUGAAUGUGGUGUCUCCUUUCUUUUGGACGAGACUGAUACCGUGUCAGCGUACGAGAGAAAAGGGAGAAACAAUGAACAGAAACAUGAAGGGAAUGACCCCCUGAUGACAGCCCUGGAUAACCUAAACAGAGUUCAACAACUGGAGAUCAUUCAUGGCUACAACGAUAUGAAAGCAGAGCUGAAAGAUUUUCUGCAGAGAUUUGCGGCAGAAGGAAAGGUUGUGACCUCUGAAGACAUCCGUCAGUUUUUUGAUCAACAACACACUCGAAAAAGACGGCAAGUGGAUUCUGGAUGCUUGUACCGCACCUGAUGAACCCUCACAUCCAUCUUAGUGUCUUAGGAUUUUUGUCACAGUGUUUCGUUGUCCACACCUUUUUAUGUUUUUUUCUUUUAUUAAAGAACUUUUUUUAAAUUCUUUAAGUUUGAAAUGUUAAAUGCUAUUUUAAAAGUCAUUGUUUAAUUGUUUGUUUUGCAUUGCAGUUGUUUGGGUUAAUGAGGUUGAAUAAACUUUAAGAGUAGCAACUUUGAA